ACUGAGCUUUACUGGAGUACCAACAUGGCUGCGUGUGUGCGCAGCUCUCGGCACUGAGACACAACUGUCUCCAUUUAAAGCGGCGGCUGCCCACCCCAGCCCCCAGUAGGUCAGCUACUAUGAAUACAUGAACAGAAGUUAUUCGAUUAUAAAACUUCCUUGGUCCAGGAGCAGCAAUGUUGGAAGGUUUGGUUGCGUGGGUCCUUAACACCUACCUGGGGAAAUAUGUCAAUAACCUUAAUACAGAUCAACUUUCUGUAGCUCUUUUGAAAGGUGCAGUGGAAUUGGAAAACUUGCCAUUGAAAAAAGAUGCACUGAAAGAGUUGGAGCUACCUUUUGAAGUAAAAGCAGGUUUCAUUGACAAAAUAAAGAUACAAAUACCUUUCUAUCGGCCCCAUUUGGAUCCAUGGGUAAUUUCUGUUUCCAAACUUCAUUUAAUUGGUGCCCCUGACAAACUAGAAGAUUUUGAUGAGGUCAAAGAAAAGUUGUUGGAGAUAACCCGUAAAAAGGUCCUUCUGAGAACACUGGAAGAGAAAUGGAAAAGUGCACAGGAACAAAAAGGUGAAUCCUACUGGUAUUCUGUCACUGCUUCUAUUGUAACUAGAAUUGUGGAUAACAUUGAAUUAAAAAUUCAGGAUGUGCAUUUGAGGUUUGAAGACGGUAUUACAGAUCCUUCUCAUCCAUUCGCUUUUGGAGUUUGCAUCAAAAAUGUCUCUGUACAAAAUGCUAUCCACGAACCGGUGGAGAAAUUAAUGAGGAAAAAACAACUGGAAGUUGAAGACUUCAGUAUUUAUUGGGAUGUUAACAGCACUUUACUGGGUGGCUUGCCUCCUGAGAAGUUACAGGAAGCAAUGGAUAAAAGCAUGGAAAGUCGUGAGCAUCAGUAUAUUCUCAAACCUGUUUACACUUCAGCUCUCUUCAAGAGAAAUUGUUCCAAAGAUCCUUUAAGGUCACGACAUCAACCGCGCAUUGAAUGUGAUAUAUGUCUUAAGACCAUUCCACUGACUCUGUCUCAGGAGCAAUAUCAACAAAUUGUGGAAUUUAUUGAUGAGUUUGAAAGGAAAGAGCGGCAAAUGAAAUACCGGAAGUGGAAGCCAAAAGUUUCUGUACUACAAAAUUGCAAAGAAUGGUGGCUUUUUGCACUGAAUGCAAACCUUUCGGAAAUCCGAGAACAAAGACGGCGUGCAACAGUGGCAUAUAUGCUGCAGCGAGCUCGAGAUGCUGUCUUUUAUUGUGAUAAACAUUAUGAUCAUCUUACAGGAAUACUGUUAUCUAGUGUAGAUGAGGCUCGGUUGGAUCAGAUUGAGGAGGAGCAGACAUUUGAAGAACUGAAGAUUUUACGGGAACAAGUUCAUGGUCGUUUAAAGAUGCAGCACGAAUUAGCUGAGACACUAAGGGAACCUUUCUCCGAUCCAGCCAUGGCGUCUCCAGCUUCAAGCCCAACAGGCAGCAAUGCCAGUGGAAUGCUUCAGUAUCUCCAGUCUUGGUUUCCAGGCUGGGGUGGCUGGUAUGGAAAUCCUCAGGAAACACGUGCAGAUAUAGAACGAUUAACUCAAGAAGAGGAACAUGAAAAACACUGGAAUCCAGAGGAUAUAUUGGAUGACUUGUCCGACACUGCAAACCUGAAUACAUUUACCAAGAGAGAUCACGUGUUUGUAAAGCUCAACUUUCAGCUUGAGGGAGGUACAAUCACACUGUUGCAUAAGGAGAAAAGCAGUGUUCACGAUAAAGAAACCGCUUUUAUGCAGCUUGAAUUUUCAGGAAUGACUGUCCGAGCGGAGUCUUUGCCUCGACGAGAUUCAUCUCUUUUUCUGAUCCAGCUCGGUGGUCUGUUUCUUCGAGAUUUGGCGACACAUGGGACCAUUUUUCCUGAUCUCGUUUACCCUAAUCCUCAAAAACAAGUUGGGGGUGUAUCUCAGACAUCCAGCACACAAGCUGAUCCAAUGGAAUCAUUUAGUUCAAACAAUAUGAACAUUUCAGAUGCACCUGUAUUCAAAAUGUUGUAUGAGAAAAAUCCACUACACAGUGCCUUUGAAAGACGUCUGGAAGUCAGUACAAGGCCUUUAAAUAUCAUUUACAGCCCACAAGCUAUUACCAAAGUUGCAGAUUUCUUCUACAAAGGCAAAGUUCACAGUUCAGGUUUUGGAUAUCAAUCAGAACUUGAACUUCGAGUAGCAGAAGCGGCCAGAAGACAAUACAAUAAAUUGAAAAUGCAGACAAAAGCUGAAAUCAGACAAACUAUUGAUCAAUUGAUGGUGGGAGAAUUUAUUGCGAGCAGUAGACGAUGGACUGUUCGUCUUGAUAUCUCAGCGCCCCAGGUCAUCUUCCCUGAUGACUUUGUGUCCCAGGAUCCUGUUCUGGUAGUUGUGGAUCUUGGUAGAAUUUUACUUACCAAUUCUCAAGAUGACGACAAAAGAGGGGAAAAUGUGUCCACUGAGGCAAAUGAUUUAAGCGAUGAUGAAUACAAAACUCCUCUAGCAACUCCUCCUAAUAGUCCACCACCUGAAAUGAAUGUCAACACAGGAACAGAUGCGUCUAGUAGCACUGGAGCGGACUCCCAUCAUGAUCUAAUGGAAGAAAGUUUACUGAACAAGCUGUAUGAAAAGUAUUCACUUUCAUGUAUGGACUUGCAGAUAAUGGUUGGACAUGUGAAAGACAACUGGAAACACAUUCAAGAUAAUGAAGUAGGCCCAACCCAUGUUGUGGAAAAGUUCAACGUGCAUUUACAGUUGGAACGUAGGUUGGUGUACACCUCAGAUCCCAGUUAUCCUGGUGCUGUCCUUUCUGGAACACUGCCUGACUUGAAGAUCCAUAUCAAUGAGGAGAAAAUACUGGCACUAAAAAAAUGUUUCAUUAGCUUAUCAAAUUCAGAAACAAAACUUUCUGAUAAUACCCUCCUUCGAAAAGAAAAGAUAUUCAUAGAUACAGAGAAUAAUGGAAGGUUGCAGAAUUCGGUGAUGAACCUAACUCAAAGUAUUGUCACUCUGGAGCAACAUACUAGAGAAGUCCUUGUAGAGUCCAAGCUUCUUUUAGCAGAGUUUAAAAUAAACUAUAUGCAGUUAGGUGUUGAAAGUUGUGGAAGAUAUAUUUCGGUUCUCAAAGUGUUUGGUUCGAAUGCCCAUUUUGUAAAGAGGCCCUAUGAUGCAGAGGUAUCACUUACUGUCCAUGGUCUUCUAAUGGUGGACACAAUGCAAACUUAUGGUUCUGACUUUGACCUUUUGAUGGCUUCCCAUAAGCAUUUGAGUUUUGAUGCACCAACUGGAAGCCUUCGUGAAAGCAGGGCACAUUCUCCUGUCUCUGAGAGAGAAGACUUUGCCCCAUCCAACCCAUUUAAUUUUGAAAACAAAUACACUUCCCUUGAAAACAUUACUUUAAAAGAUCAAGAAUCUCUAAUAAGGCUGGAGUACCAGUUUGUUAGCUCUGAAUGUCCUUCAAUGAAUUUGGACAGUUCUCUGCAAGUAAUGACUGUUCAAGUUAACAACCUGGACAUCAUUCUUAACCCAGAAACAAUGGUAGAGCUCAUCGGUUUCCUUCAGAAAUCUUUUCCUAAGGAAACUGAAGAUUCAAGUCCUCACCUUUUGAAAACCACUUAUGAGAUGAAUUUAGACAAACAAGAGUCAUUCCAAUCUACCUAUGAGCAAAAUACUCAAGUGGCUGUAGAAAUCCACAGACUAAACAUACUGCUUUUCAGGACUGUGAUUGAUGACUAUGGCCAAAGUUGUGGGAAGAAAAUUGCAACUGCUAGCAUAGGAGGAACAAAAGUUAAUGUGUUUUUGGGUAGCAGGUGUGAUAUUAAUGGAUCCCUUGGAUGUCUGCAACUCAUUGACUUAGCACAAGAUACAGCACAUAAUCAAUAUGUGAUCAGCAUAGGAAAUACUGCUGCUUAUGAAAGCCAAGGCAAUGACAUGGAAUCCUUUGAAAACAUGUUUUCAAGAAGAGAUUCCACCACCAUUCCCAUAGAGGCUUUAAGUUUUACUUUAAUUGAACAAUCUAAAGAAGAAUUUUUCCUUAAUCUCAAGAUGGCUUCCUUGCAUUACAAUCAUUCGGCCAAAUUUCUGAUGGAAUUAACCAUGUCAAUGGAUGAACUAGAAGACAAUUUCCGUAAUAUGUUGAAGAGUGCAGCCUCCAAAAUGUCUUCUGUGCUGGCAACCAAAACAGCUGAAUACAGCGAAAUGGUCUCUUUAUUUGACACCCCUCGCAAACACAAAGACUCAAUGCAGCUUGACGAAUAUGAUGGGUUCAGUCCACGUGACCUUAAAACUGACACUGUAAAAUUAAACCUUAAUAUUAAUAUAGAGUCUCCAAUUGUGUCUAUCCCAAGGACUCCUGGCAGUCCUGAGCUGCUAGUAGGACACUUAGGGCAAAUAUUUAUUCAGAACUUUGUGUCUGAUGAUGACAAUUCAAGAAGUGAUAGGCUACAGGUAGAGAUUAAAGAUAUCAAGCUCUAUUCAUUGAACAGCAGUCUUCUUACAGGGAGAAAAGAAUCUCAGCACUGUGAAUUAGAUUCACCACAUACGCAUAGAUCUGCAAGUGUCAGCAGCCAAGAUGAGCAACAUUUUACCCGACAUGAUUUCUUUGAAUCAUUACAAAAAAAGGAAGCUUUUCAUAUAUUAAACAAUACUACCAUACGAUUCAAAAUGGAAAAGUUUGCAAUUCAGCGAGAGUCAGAGUUGGCAUUUCCUUUCAUGGAAGAUUCCUUAGAUGUUGGAAGCAUUAUGAAAGUUGAGGGAAACUUUGUCAAUCACGUUCAGGUGGUUCUUGCGAAACAUGUUUAUGAGCAGGUUCUACAAACCCUUGACAACUUAGUAUACAAUGAAGAUGUGAACAAGAUACCUCAAAGCACCACGUGCCCUUCCACUCAGAGAUCACCCACCACAUCUACGUUUAAAAGUCCUGAAGGUUUUCAUGAAUCUAAGGAGAAUAGUUUUUUUACUUCCCCCAGCUUAAGGUCAACCUCAAGCAAAUCUUAUGCUCCAUCAGUUGCACCAUUUACCCAAAUUCAAGCAAACUUCCAUAUUUCAGAAUUGCAAAUUCAAUUAAGUGGUGAUCUUACACUUGGAGCCCAAGGUCUUGUAAGCUUAAAGUUUCAGGAUUUCGACAUUGAGUUCAAUAAAGAUCACCCACAAACACUAGCUAUACAGAUUGCACUGCGUUCACUUUUAAUGGAAGACCUUUUAGAAAAAAAUCCAGAUUCAAAAUAUAAGAACCUCAUGGUAUCCCGAGGAGCACCAAAACCUUCAAACUUAGCUCAGAAGGAAUAUCUGUCACAGUCUUGUCCCUUAGCAUGUCACACUGAGUAUCCGGAUAUGCCACGAUCCCUUCCAUCACAUAUGGAGGAAGCACCAAAUGUCUUUCAGUUAUAUCAAAGGCCAUCUUGCCCUACUCGCAAGAAGCAAAAAGAAGUUAAGGCUUCUGAAUAUCCUUUAACUCCACCUCCUUCUCCAACUUGUGACGAGUCAAAAGUCUCCAAUGCAAAAGAUAGCUUUGACGAUUCCUUGGUUCACAUCAAUAUAUUUUUGGUAGACAAAAAGCAUCCAGAGUUCUCUUCAAAAUACAAGCAGAUUAAUCGUAGUGUUGACGUUGAUUUUAACUGCCUAGAUGUUAUAAUUGCAUUACAAACAUGGGUGGUGAUUUUAGACUUUUUUGGGAUUGGAUCCACUGCUGACAAUCAUGCUGUGAAGCAGCCUACAGAAAGUCGUCAAACUACAAAGUCAGAGACAAGUUCACUGCCACAAUUACCUGUUCGUGAGAAUACUAAUACAAGGAUGGAUCUGAAGGUUCACUCUCUUUCAUUGGUCCUAAAACAGACCACAAGCGAACUAGCUAAAGCAAGUGUAUCAAAACUAGCUGCUCACCUUGAGAUAAUUGAAGGAGACCUAGAAUUGCAGGGAAGCAUCGGCAGCUUGUCACUGAGUGAUCUUACUCAGCAUGGUGAGCUUUACACGGAGCGCUUUACCACCAGAGGACAGGAAGCACUUAUAUUUCACAUCUUCAAGUAUGGACCUCCUGAUCCUGAUUUAAAAAGAGAAUAUGACAUGCGUGUAAGCCUGAGGAUGGCCUCAGUACAGUAUGUUCACACACAACGUUUUCAGUCUGAAGUUGUAGCCUUUAUUCAGCAUUUUAUACAGCUACAAGAUGUUCUUGGUCGUCAGAGAGCAGCCAUACAGGGCCAAACUGUUAGAGACCAUGCACAGCGAGGAUCUCGGAUCUUGCUUGAUAUAGAGGCAGGGGCUCCAGUUCUCCUUAUCCCUGAAAGUUCAUGGUCCAAUAACCUAAUUGUUGCUAAUCUUGGAAAACUUAAAGUCAAAAACAGAUUUUUGUUUUCUGGGGCUAAUGGGACAUUCUCACUAAAGGAUAAGAACUUGGGUAAGUCUUCAUCACCCAUUGUUACUCCGGAGCACAAUAUAAUUAAAAGCAGAAAAGAAGGCAUGCCAAAGGCAUGGGAUUCAACAGGAGGUUUAGUAAUGGCCUCUGUCUCCAAGCCUCAAUUGGAAAAAGAUCUUGGUUUGGAAUCAGAUAAGAGAGACCCCGUACAAUCUUCUGCUCAGGAUAGUGAUUGUGGCUCAUUUGGUUUAGAACACAUCUGCCUGCUGGACUGCAUAGUGGUUGAUCUGCAGGAUAUGGACAUUUUUGCAGCAGAGAGAUGUCCAAGAGGUUUUUCCGAUGGUUUGGAGCAAUCAAGAACCGACCUCUCCUUUUCUUCAUAUUGUAUUCGACAGAUGGGUGGCAGCCUUCUAACUGAGUGCUGUCGACUGAAAUUGCAGCUUGAGAGGAAUUUGGACAAAGAAUUUAGCCAUGCAGUUCCAGAUAUGUCCAUUCACGGUAGCUUAUCCUCUGUUAACUGUUCUCUGGACUUGAGUAAAUAUAAGUUAAUUCGGGGCUUGUUGGAGAAUAAUCUGGGAGAGCCCGUGGAAGAUUUUAUGCGGCCUUAUGAUUUACAGGAUCCACGAAUUCACACCGUAUUGAGUGGAGAAGUUUACACUGGCAUAUCUUUCCUUAUUGAUAUGGUUAAUGUCAGCUUGGAACUUCUUGAAGACAAAGAUGGAUUGAGCAAUUCACUGGCAAGGUUUGACUUUAAAAAGUCUAAGUUACUUUUUGAGAGUUUUUCCAACCAAACCAAAUCCAUAAAUUUAGUGUCCCACUCCAUUAUGGCAUUUGACACACGUUUUGCUGGACCAAAAAUUCCAUUAACUCACAAGAUGAAUGUCUUCAACUGCAUUUUACAACCAUCAAAGAGCAACAGCAAUCCAGGAUCUCUACAAAUUGAAUUACAUUAUAGAUCGACAAAGGACAGCUCCUGCUUUACUGUUGUAUUAAACAACCUUAGAGUAUUUUUAAUAUUUGAUUGGUUAGUAUUGGUGCAAAAGUUUCUUCAGACUCCAUGUGAUAAAAAGAUUCCCGAUGCUGGUUCCUUGCUGCACGAACAGGAGCCAGUUGCCGGCAGUGGCACACCAGUUAUUCCUAAAACCAUUAAAUCUGGAGUAGUAACAAAGAGAUCAUCUGCACCAAUCACUCCCGAAAAGCAUCUGGAAGUCAAGAUCAAUGUAACUGGAACAGAGUUUGUUGUGGUUGAAGAUAUGUCCUGCUUUGACACCAAUGCUAUAAUUCUCAAAGGAACUACUGUCCUUACUUACAAACCUAGACUUGUGGAUCGUCCUUUCUCUGGUAGUUUGUUUGGCAUUGAGGUGUUUUCAUGCUGCUUGGCGAAUGAAUUGGAAACCGCACUUUCUAUUAUUGACCCUGUCCAUGUGCAGAUUGAGCUGGUGGGAAAUUCUUCAUACCAAAACAGUUCUGGCCUUAUGGAUGCAUUCAACACUGAGGAUUUCCCCCCAAUAUUGGAGAUUCAGCUGCAUUCUCUAGACAUCAGACUGUCCUACAAUGAUGUUAAGUUGUUUUUGGCUAUCGCAAAAUCAAUUCCUGAGCAGACAAGUUCCAAUACAUCUGCUUCUGUGAUUCAAGACCCACAGACGGCCUCUGGCAAUUUGACUGCUUUGGUAAAAAAUGGUGAAAGUGUGCCAGUGGCGGGCAGGGGCACGCAUUUAAUGGAUCCGAUCCUAGAAGUUCAGCUUACCCGCCUGCAGGAGUUGGGCUUCGGGAUGGAUGAUUGCCGUAAAGCACUUCUAGCAUCUCAAGGUCAGCUAAAUAAAGCUGCAUCUUGGUUGUUUAAGAACGCUGAGCCAGUAAAACCAUCCUACAGCAACCAGAAGAAGAAUGGAACUGGCACUUUGCGCUGGAUUUCGGGAGUGGACCUCAAAGCAGACAAUGUUUGCAUUUGUUUCAUUGAUGAUUGCAUGGACUGUGAUGUCCCGUUGGCAGAAAUUACUUUUUCACGUUUGAAUUUUUUCCAGCAUUUGGUAUCCAAUCCUAAUGGUUUUGCAGAAUUUACACUUUCUGGAGACUACUACAACAGAGAGCUAUCAGGGUGGGAGCCAUUUAUUGAACCGUGGCCAUGCUCCUUAUCAUGGCAUCAGCAGGAAGCCAGCCGCCUCCAUCCUUCUCGUCUAAAAGUGGAAAUGAAAGCCAGACACCGCUUGGACAUUAAUAUUACUUCAUUACUAAUUGAACAAUAUAUCAGCACAAAGGAGUCAUGGAUGGCUGAUUACUGUAAUCAGGAAAAGGAAGCUGAAAUAGAAGCAACUGAAGAGUGGAUGGGAUCCUCCGUUGAUCCUCCUUACAUUGGUCCAAGCCUUCCUUUAGCCUACCUUAGAACUAGGAGCACAGCCAGCCUGACUAACCUAGAACAUCAGGUCUAUGCUAGAGUUGAAAUGAAAACUCCAAAACGCAGGCAGCCAUUUGUGCCGUUCGCUCUUAGGAAUCAUACAGGUUGCACACUUUGGUUUGCUACUUUAACGACAACUCCUACACGUGCUGCACUGUCUCAUAGUGGGAGUCCAGACGUGGUUCCUGAAGGAGACAAGAACUUCCUUGAUGAUGCCCACAAUGUGAGUCAGUGGAGAGAGGUUCUACCAGGACAAGAGAUUCCCUUUGAAUUUGAAACCAAAGAAAAGUUGAGACACAGGCAUACUCAUGAUUUGAAGAUACACCAACUGCAAGUGCGAGUUAGUGGUUGGGAGCAAAUAAGCCCUGUGUCUGUUGAUAAAGUCGGCAUAUUUUUUCGGUAUGCUGCUCCUGAUAAGAACACAUCUUCAUCUUCGGUUGGAAGUCCAAUCAGCAGGACAAACAUUAUACAUCCACAUGUCUAUUUUUCUGCAUUGCCACCAGUGCGCGUAGUGUUUGCAGUCACCAUGGAAGGCAGCGCACGGAAAGUAGUAACUGUUCGUUCAUCAUUAAUAGUGAGAAACAAGUUAGAAAUUCCAAUGGAACUUCGCCUUGACAGCCCGUCCGCCCCAGACAAGCCAGUAAUACUUCCUGCAGUGAUGCCAGGAGAUUCGUUUGCUAUUCCUUUGCACCUUACAUCUUGGAGAUUGCAGGCUCGGCCAAGAGGAAUGGGAGUGUUUUUUUGUAAAAAUCCUAUUCAUUGGACAAAUGUUGCAAAGCCAGGAGAGGUUUCUAGCUGCAAACGGGAAUGCCACUCAAUGGAUUCAGAGAAGAGCAGAUAUUUCCGGUUUUGUGUGGCUCUGAAGAAAGAAAACUACCCCGAUUAUAUGCCAUCAAAUAUUUUUUCAGACAGCGCUAAACAAAUAUACCGACAGCCAGGACACACUAUAUUCCUGCUUCCCACUGUGGUCAUCUGCAACCUGCUCCCUUGUGAGCUGAACUUUCAUGUGAAAAGCACACCGAUUAAAGGCACUUUGAAACCAGGGAAGGAGAUGGCUUUGCACACUGCUGACACAUCUCAAAACAUUGAGCUUGGAAUCUCUUUGGAAAACUUCCAUCAUUGCAAAGAGCUGCUUAUACCGCCAGGUACCCAAAAUUACAUAGUGAGAAUGAGAUUGUAUGAUUCCAGCAAGAGACAGCUAAACCUAACGAUAAGGAUCGCGUGCCGAGCAGAAGGUUCUUUGAAAAUAUUUAUUUCUGCACCAUACUGGCUCAUAAAUAAAACUGGUUUGCCACUGAUCUUCAGACAGGACAAUGCAAGAACAGAUGCUGCAGGGCAGUUUGAAGAGCACGAGCUUGCACGAAGCCUGAGCCCUCUUCUCUUCUGUUACUCAGACAAGGAGUUACCAAACCUUUGCACAAUGCGAAUUGGAAAAGGAAUUCACCCUGAGGGCAUUCCAGGAUGGUGUCAAGCAUUUUCUCUUGAUGGCGGUAGCGGAGUGCGUGCUUUGAAAGUUAUCCAGCAAGGAAACCGCCCAGGACUCAUUUACAACAUUGGCAUUGAUGUUAAAAAAGGAAGAGGGCGUUAUAUAGACACGUGCACGGUCACGUUUGCUCCCCGAUACCUGCUUAUCAACAAAUCAACACAUAAGCUCGCCUUUGCACAAAGAGAAUUUGCAAGGGGACAGGGCACCAGUAAUCCAGAUGGAUACAUCUCAACGCUUCCUGGUUCUAGUGUGGUAUUUCACUGGCCAAGAAAUGAUUAUGAUCAGUUGCUGUGCGUGCGGUUAAUGGAUGUAGCUAAUUGUGUCUGGUCUGGUGGCUUUGAAGUCAGUAAAAAUAAUUCCUUUCACAUUAACAUGAGGGAUACUCAAGGAAAAUGUUUCUUUUUGCGAGUUGAAAUUACUCUUCAUGGGGCAACUUAUCGCAUCUCAUUCAGCAAUACUGAUCAGCUGCCACCUCCUUUCCGAAUAGACAACUUCUCUAAGGUCCCAGUUGUCUUCAUGCAGCAUGGAGUCGCCGAGCCGCGUCUGCAAACAGAAGUAAAAGCUAUGACUUCCUUGGAUUAUGCGUGGGAUGAGCCUAUCCUUCCAUCCUACAUUACUGUUACCGUUAAAGGGGCAGGCUCGUCAGAAGUUAACUGCAACAUGAAUAACUUCCAAGACAGCAAGCAGCUUUACUAUGAAAACUUUAUUUACAUUGCUGCAACUUACACAUUCUCUAGCUCCCAGGAAGGAAAUGUCAGGCCUGUUGCUCAAAAUAACAAUGUCACACGUGCUGAGCUUGUCCUGGAUGUUCAUCCCAAAACACACAGAGUCAUUCUUAAGAAAAAGGAGCCAGGGAAACGGUCUCAGCUUUGGAGAAUGACUGGCAGUGGGAUGUUGUGCCAUGAAGGAUCUUCUGCUCCUCAUAACCCAAACAAACCAUCCAACUCUCGGUUCCUUGACUCCUCUCUUGUGUUAGACAUUGCAGGCCUAGCAGCUGUCACAGAUAACAGGUAUGAACCAUUGAUGUUGAGGAAGCCAGACAGAAGACGUAUCACCACUCAGACCUGGUGUUUUCGUGAUGGGAAAUUAUCCUGUAGCUUGCAUGGAUUAGUUGUCCAGGCAAGGAAUGGAAUUUCAGGAUUACAUGAUGGAGCUGAAGUAGUUCUUGGCCCUGAUGGAUCAUUUGAACAGCUGGGGUCCGUUCCCAACGAACAGCUGUUUAUAAACCAGAAAAUGAGACCAGGGUCAGGAGUCCUUUGUGUGCGUGUUAUCCCAGAUGGACCCACAAGAGUUUUACAGAUAACGGAUUUCAACGAAAGAAGAAAUGAACGUUUCUCUUGUGAAAUGGAUGAGCUUCUAGAAGUGGAUCUAAAAAAGUUUAAGAGUCCAGACACUGAAAACGAGCUAGAGGUUAUUGUGAAGUUGGAAGAUGGAAUCGGUAUUUCACUAAUUAAUAAAGUCCCAGAAGAAUUAGUGUUUGCAAGCCUUUCUGGAAUAAAUAUCCAUUACACGCAUUUAGCUGCCAAUCAGGUGCUUGAGCUCAGCAUUCAAAAUGUUCAGGUUGAUAAUCAGUUAAUUGGCACGACUCAAACUGCCAUGCUCUUCGUCACCCCAAGGAGUAUUGAAAGUGAAGACAUUGACAAUAGUCCUGCCAUACAAGUCAAUGCAAUGAAGAUUCCCAGUAAGAAUGCUCUGACCGAUUUAUUCAAGCACCUGAUGAUCACAGCUCAAAAAUUCACUGUGCAGAUUGAAGAAAAGUUGCUGUUGAAACUGCUUAGCUAUUUCGGUUUUAACCAAUCAGAAACAGAAGUUGAAAAAUGGGAUGAAAAUAUCCAUGAAAAGUCUGGAGAUGAGACUAAGGCAGAACAGCGGUAUUAUUUUGAGAACUUAAAAAUAUCGAUCCCACAGAUCAAGCUGAGCGUGUUCACCUCAAAUAAGCUUCCACCUGAUCUCAAGGCUUUGAAGAGUACACUGGGAUUUCCGCUAAUCAAAUUUGAAGAUGCUGUGAUUGAUCUUGACCCUUUUACAAGAGUUCAUCCAUAUGAGACCCGGGAAUUUAUUAUAAAUGAUAUCCUUAAACAUUUCCAGGAGGAAUUGCUCAGUCAAGCAGCAAGCAUCUUGGGCUCAGUAGAUUUUCUUGGCAAUCCAAUGGGCCUGCUGAAUGAUGUGUCGGAAGGAGUAAGCGGGCUUAUCAAAUAUGGAAAUGUUGGUGGAUUAAUACGAAAUGUGACACACGGAGUAUCCAAUUCAGCUGCAAAGUUUGCUGGAACUCUUUCUGAUGGAUUGGGAAAGACUAUGGACAUCCGGCACCAGACCGAACGGGAAUAUAUCCGAUACCACGCAGCAACCAGUGGGGAGCAUCUAGUUGCUGGAAUCCAUGGACUUGCUCAUGGUAUCAUUGGUGGUCUGACCAGUGUGAUAACCUCCACAGUAGAAGGUGUGAAAAACGAAGGAGGCGUGAGUGGAUUUAUUUCUGGCUUAGGGAAAGGUUUGGUUGGCACAGUGACCAAGCCUGUUGCUGGAGCUUUGGAUUUUGCAUCAGAAACUGCCCAAGCGGUGAGAGAUACUGCAACCCUUAGUGGACACAGAACACAAGUUCAGAGGGUCAGGAGGCCACGUUGUUGCACAGGUCCCCAGGGGCUACUACCAAGAUACUCAGAUAUUCAGGCAGAAGGACAAGAACAGCUAUUCAGACUGACAGACAACAUCCAGGAUGAGUUUUUUAUUGCCGUCGAACAUAUAGAUAGCUACUGCGUGCUGAUCUCCUCUAAAGCAGUAUAUUUCCUGAAGUGGGGAGAUUACGUGGAUCGAGAGGCCAUUUUUCUGGAAAUUAAGUAUGAUGAUCUAUACCACUGCUUAGUGUCAAAGGAUCAUGGGAGAAUCUAUGUGCAGCUUACUAAGAAAGCCGACACUAGCAGCAGUGGAGUAGCUUUUCCGGGCCCCUCUCAGCAAAAACCAAUGGUACAUGUAAAAUCUGAAACACUGGCUGUGAAAAUCUCUCAAGAAAUUAAUUAUGCGAAAAGUCUUUACUACGAACAACAGCUGAUGUUAAGGUUAACAGAAGACUCCGAGCACCUUGAUGUGGAUUCUUAAAACACUGAGCUGCGAGUAAGAAUCUGCCCCCCACGUUCCUCAAACCCACACCACUAAACAUACGUGUCCUGCGUAGAGUCCAUAUAUGGAAUAAACAGAAUGAAUAUAAAUACACAACCUUAUUAAAUGAAAUACACUACUGCCUUUCAAGUAUAUUUGAAAAUAAGGGGAUUCAAUACUAAUAAUAAUUUAUAUUAUGGGUUAUCAGUAUUUAAA